UGUAAAAUACAUAUAUCUUGAUAUUAUUUUUAGGUACCUUUCACAACAAUGCUAGCCCUUCUGUGUAUGUGGUUCGGAAUCUCAUUACCUCUGGUAUUUAUCGGCUAUUACUUUGGAAUCAGGAAAAAACCUUAUGAACAUCCUGUACGCACAAACCAAAUUCCUCGUCAGGUACCAGAACAAGUGUGGUACAUGAAUCCUUUGUUAUGCACCCUUAUGUCUGGAAUUUUGCCAUUUGGUGCUAUGUUUAUUGAGUUAUUUUUCAUAUUUACUGCUAUAUGGGAAAAUCAAUUCUAUUAUCUGUUUGGAUUCCUUUUUCUAGUCUUUAUUAUUCUUGUCAUAUCUUGUUCACAGAUAUCCAUUGUAAUGGUAUAUUUUCAAUUAUGUGGUGAG